GUUUGCACAAAGCGGGGUUGAGCGAGCCGCCCAACUGCUAAACUGCGCGAGAAUUUUAAUCUCAAAAUUUCAUGACCAGUUAGAAAUCUCCCUGGAACAUCAAACAUCCACCAUGGCCAAGUUCACGUCUAGACCAAGUAUACCAGAGAUGGAAGAGAGGCUGGGAUUCACAGCAAACUCGAUGACCCCACCCGACCCAGCUACAGAACGCUUCUACUGUGACCUCAAGCCCGUGCCUGAUAACACCUCAAAGCAAUUGUUCCGAGAAUACGAUGAGCUGAACAAGACCAACCAAACCCACCGCCGAAUGGCCAAGCCUUCUCUCGUUCUUCCGAAAAUGGGGGAAAGUUUGGUCAUUGAGUAUGAUGGGAAUAGGGUCGUCAUCACGCGGGCAGACCGUGUAGGUUUCUACAUAUAUUCCAUCGACAUCAGCUACAAUGGUGGAUUUUUCCUGCCGCUUCUUUUCACAGAAAACGAAGCAUCAUGGGCCAUAUCAGCCGCCAAGUUCCCGUCCAUCGAGACUCCCCACGAUGACUCCCCAUUUCUCAAGUUACCGAGAGAGCUGCGUGAGAAGAUCUACAGCUUCGCCCUGCCUCAGAGAGAGUUGGGGAUCAAGGACAUCGAUGCUUUUGACCACCUCAUCUUUCCCGCAGGUGUAGGAGAUCCCAGCGGUUUCUUCUUCCAACUGGAGAAAGAACCAACUAUCUUGAAAGCCAGCAGGCAAAUACGCCAAGAAGCUCUACCAUUUGUAUAUCGCAACACAACCUUUUGUUUGGACGAUAUGGACGACGUUGUAAAAUUUCUUGUUGCAAUCGGCCGUAUUGGACGCAGUAAUAUCACUUCACUGCAGUUCCCUUGGGAGAGCAUGAAUGACAUUGGGCGCAAAGUGGAACAAUCUCCUCAUGACGAUGACAGCGGUCCUAUAUUACCAUCUCUGCAUGCACUGAGAUGCGUUCAACUCCUCAAGGAGUGCCGGAGGCUUCAGUUUUUGCAGAUCUGCCUGGAUCAGGAUAUAUUCGAGAAUACGUCGGUGCACGAGUUUAUGGCAGACCCUGGCAUAGCGGCUCUCUGCACUUUGAGAGGAAUCAGAACAUUAGAAGUGGUGGAUAACACCGACGAGUCUCUCGAGGAGCACCCCGCUGUGAAACGGCUUCACGAAGAAAUGAAAAUGGCAAAUAAGUAGGCAAAGUGAUAGAGCAGCAGCGAGGUGACUCGAUCC